AUGUGGCCCCAUCGCGUGCGCUGCGCCAUGAGCAGCGUUGAGCCUUUCCGUCGGCUGGUGAAGCUAGUGGCUCGCGCAUUUUACGACGACGAUGUAACAGAUGAAAAAGACAAAGAUAAAGACAAGGAGAAGGAGAAGGAGAAAGAGAAGGAUAAGGGCGGCAGUCGCAAGGCAGAACGGAUAUGCGGAGGCGAGACCAAGGGACUCACUAUAGUCGUCCUCGAUGCCCUUACAAGACGGCAAUGGAUGCGAGAGGAGGAGCUAGCGAGGCAGCUGCAUCUGCACCCGAAGCAGCUGAGGCGGACGCUCAAGAUGCUGGAGGAGGAGAUGAUGAUCGUGAGGGAGCACAGGAAGGAGCUGAGACGGACGCUGAAGAUGCUGUAUGAGGAGAUGAUGAUCGUGAGGGAGCACAGGAAAGAGGUGAGAGCGGUGGAAUGCGGUAAUGGAGGAGUAGUGAGUGGUAACCACUCGAAGCAGCUGAGGUGGGCGCUGAAGAUGCUGGAAGAGGAGACGAUGAUUGUGCGCGAGCACAGGAAGGAGAAGGCGAAGCAGCACUCCCACUCCUACUGCUGCCUGCACUACCCCCAGAUCUACGACGUGGUGAGGUACCGCAUUCACCGGGCUAAGAAAGCGAUAAAGGACGAGCUGGACAGCCGCAAGGAGGUCAUGUACCUGCUGUGCCCCAACCCGCACUGCAAGGCCCGGUACUCCACACUUGAUACAGACAGAUUAAUCGACCCAGUGGACUUCAAUCUCAAGUGCGAGCGCUGCCACUCAGAGCUGGAGGCCGAAUCUGACAUGCUGGGAGGUGGGGGAGGAGGUGGAGGUGGGGAUGGGGAGGAUAACACGCGGAAGAAGAAAAAGGAAGCGCUCCAAGACAUGCUGGCUAGAUUCGAGCGCCAGUUAAAGCCUCUGAUGGAGCAGAUAGUGAAAGUGAAGGACCUCACGCCGCCCUACUUCGGGUCUCUGUCCGAGUGGGAGGCCAAGGCGUCGCCAGCACAGAGGGCAGCAGCAGUGGGAGGGGAGAUUCCCAAGGCUCUUCCCCGAUUGGCGGGGCCGGGAGGAGGGGGUGGAGCUGGAGUAAGAGUUCAAGCCUCCAAGGCUCAAGGCGUCGCCAGCACAGAGGCAGCAGCAGUGGGGGGGGAGAUCCCCAAGGCUCUUCCAAGACUGGCUGGGCCGGGGGGAGGGGGUGGAGCUGGGUCCACUCCGCUUCCUUUCAUGGGGGAGACACGGGUAGGUGGAUAA